UGAUAACUGUAUUAAACUACCUAAGGAUAUACUCAUUGUUCCCACAGAGGUAUUUAUAUCGAUUGCAACAAAGAUUUUAUGCAGAGGAUAUUCUUUCGAAACUGUCCGUAUGCAUCGGUGCAUUCCUCGUCCAUACGGCACGUGAUCUGGUGUUUUCGAGACGUGUGGGGUUCAAACGAACACCUCGACACCAGGGCCUCGUCGAAGCGAGGAAUGACGCCACUGUCCGAGAUUCCGAACCUCCCGCAAAGAUUUCGGCCCUGACUGCUCCAACCAACAUUAAUACAAAAAGGGAGCCAUACUCAACUGAGCGCACAAAUUUUAUAUCCACUGUUAGUAAUCCCAGCAUCCGACACGGUGGCGGGCUUCUUCUGGAUAAAUUCGGCGACUCAGUUGGGGGACGCCGCAACGACAACCAAGGCCACAGAGCACCCAGGUUCUGGCGUGAUGACCCAACCUUCCUCUCUACCACCGCUAACACCUCAGUUUUGCUUCUCGACGUCUGCUCUCCGAGACUUCCUCCGGCUAUCGCGAAGCUCCAUCGAUGACCCCAUAAACCAGAAUUUGAAUGCCCUGGAGACGCCGGCCAAGGCGGGAUUUGAUCCAACAUCAACGUCGCGACUUGGCCCGCGGCCCCUCUCGCAUCAGAUUGACGCGGAAGCGUGCAAUGCCUUCAAAGACAAGGUUCUUUUUCCAUCAUGGCAAGCUAGAUCCGAUGUUCUAAGCUACUGCUCCUUGGUUGCUACGAGCCCAGACCCCGACGACCCAGGGCGGGCGCUGAGGGAAGCGGAGAACGAGAAGAACCGAGAGCGUGUUAUUGACGAGAGACUCGACCCGUACUCGGCGCGUUUCUUCCCGCGGGAGGCUCGAACCGAGCAUCUGGCCCUCAUUCUUCGGCAGGAAAUGGGGAUAGAAAAUAUUGUCCGAUCUAGGACAUGGGACAUAAUUCAGCGAAGAUGCGGCGACUCGGCGCACCUGGGUCGGGAGCAAGCGCUGGAGCAUUGGCGGAGGCCGAGGGUAGUGCCCCAAGGGAGCCGUUAAGACGCCAUGCACCUGCCUUUCGAGAUGCUCAGCCGCCAGUUCGGUGUUUGUGUGUACAUGUACGAUACAAUUGAGCUUGAUGUUCGUGUGAAGGAGAAACCACAUAAUAGGCUCGUACCGAAGUAUGAAUCUUCCGGCCAAAUAAAUACAUAUUGUAUACACUG